UCUGGCAUCGACGAAGCAACAGGGUCAAGGAGACGAUUACGAACGAACAAGGCAGCGGGAGUGGAACAGUAAGCUGCAAGCUCCUAGUUCACUGAUCCGGAUCGAAAAGCAACUAAAAACUGAGCUGCUUAUUUAACAAUCUAAACCAAAAUCGAAAACAUUGAAUCGUAUAAUCCGUUGCUUCUCUGAUAAAAGUUAUUUUCUGGGUCCAAAGCAGGCUAUGCCAGCAUGAUAGUUUGUUCUCCUAUCACUACAUGUGCAAGAAAUGCUGUCUACCUGAGUGGGCAUGUUCAACAUAUGGGUAGCACUGUUUUGAAUUUGGUGUCCAGAGGACAAUCCACUUCAUGUUGUUUUUGUUUCUCCCCUACACAUUCUAGGGGAAAUUAUGCUCGCUUAUCUGUCUCAAAGACCUCUAGUCCAUCUGUUAAUAGUUUUCACACAUUGCAUAGAAGCUGUUUUGGGUCUGCCUCAUCCAAGCAGAGUGGCAGUUGCCAAUCGUUUACUGUGAAAGGUUUAUUCAAUGCUAGAGGUCCUUUAAAGAGACACUUCAAUAUUUCACUAGCAUAUCAAAAUUUGAACUUGAGACUUUCAAUGUCAAAACGAGGAAUGCUGUCCAAAAUUAAGAGUAAUGUGGGAUCUGUAUCUUGGUCACAAGAAUGUGCUUCAGCUGGCUUAAUUUUUGGUCUCUUGGUUUGUCAUUCAAGUUCUGAGCCAACACAUGCUGAAGCAGCUGCAGAGAAGAAGGAUGAAGAGGAUGACUCUGACUUGCCAUAUGUUAAAUUGUCGCAUGGGAAGAAAGUCUAUACUGACUAUUCCAUUACUGGAAUACCAGGAGAUGGAAGGUGUUUGUUCCGCUCUGUGGCUCAUGGGGCUUAUUUACGUGCUGGAAAACCAGCUCCAAGUGAAGGUCUUCAGAGAGAAUUAGCUGAUGACUUGCGGGCUAGAGUUGCUGAUGAGUUUAUCAAGAGGAGGCAAGAGACAGAAUGGUUUGUGGAAGGUGAUUUUGACACCUAUGUGGCACAUAUGAGGAAGCCACAUGUAUGGGGGGGUGAGCCUGAGUUGUUCAUGGCUUCACAUGUUCUGAAGAUGCCAAUAACUGUUUACAUGUAUGACGAGAAUGCUGGUGGGCUUUUAUCUAUUGCUGAGUAUGGUCAAGAAUAUGGCAAGGACAAUCCAAUUCGAGUUCUAUAUCAUGGUUUUGGUCAUUAUGAUGCAUUACAGAUUCCUGGAAGGAAAGGUGGGAGAUCAAAACUCUAAAUUACUUUUUUUAUUGAAAGGAUUGUUAAUUUUUGUACCAAGAAAAUAUACUGUGAGAACAAUCAUAUAUUAAAUUUCUUCCUUCUAGCA